UCCGCGAACGUCAAAUUUAUUAGACCUCUGAAAAUAUGACGAAAUUAUGCUCAAACUUAUUUUAUGUCUCGCAACGUUUUUCAGUAGUAUAAUCCUGUGUCUGCUACUGAUUUCUAUGAAGCUGAUAGAUUUCUCACAGGUAGUAGAGGAAUUCAAAGCCACGCAUUGAAAUGUUGGUCUCCGACACUGGCGUGACCGGGGGCAAUGAGAUCUUCAUCAAAGUCGUCAGUCCAGAAGGUCAGACGUUCACGGCUUACUUCUCCGAGGACACUCUCAUCGAGGAGGUGAAGAAUAGGGCGAUAGAUUUUUUCUACCCGACUGGGGAGACGGGGGCCAGUCGGUACAAAAUUGUCAGGGUAUUAGACACGUCGACUUUACACGACUUUUUGACGUUAUCUCAAGAAUCUGUCAUGAUGCAGGAGGAACUGCUCCUCGUUGAGAGACGGCUGCCAGAAGCUGGAACGCUCUGGGACCUCGGCACUGUCAGAGCUCCCCAGCACGGCACUAUUGCCGCAGCUACAGCAUCUCUACCCACUCCCACGAACGCCAUGCGCCAACCAAAUCUUCAAUCUUUACUAUCAACCAACGAAUUGUCCCAUGAGUUGCGGAAAAUAUUAAUAUCAUUGAUCGAAGCUGGAGCCAGACUGGCUGCGUCUGGAAGAAACUACGAAAUGACGCUCGCACAGCUUACCGCGGCUUUGGAGGAACCGCGACAAGCUCAACCAGCUGUAAUCCAGGUCAUAACUCCUGAAGAGAUUGCCGCGCGACUGAACUUGAAUGCUGACAUACAAUCUGUACUUGAAGACCCUCCAAAAUCAACCAAAGAAGACGGGAACGACAUGUAUCGCCGCGCGGAACACUUGCAACGAUUCCUGGAGAAGUUCCGCGAAUGGCGCAAUAAAAUCGCUGACCCACCGAAUCCUGAGGCAAUCACCGCUCUCAAAGACCUUGGAUUUUCUUACGAGGAUUCUGAUAAAGCGCUGAGAUAUACUGGUUGCAACGUUCCCGCGGCAGCUUCUUACUUAAUCGGAGAGCGCGGUUCAAGUAUUUUUGAGCUAGUAAAUGGUCUACCUGAUGGGUUGAUCCUGCAGACUUUAUUGAAACAGCCACAUAUACAACGCGGGCUUCUGAAUACUAGAAUGCUCAUUGCUUUCAUAGCAAUGGUUGGGCAGACAGGGAGUGCUUCUCUCUGGCUGAAUUCUCCUCACGGGAGUCCAUUACUCUCUCAGAUAUCGAGGACUUAUCACUCAGAGAAGUACUGCCUGGCUGUCAACCAGUUUUCUGAAGAACGGCGCGAGAAUACCAAUGGGCCGUCAACAUCGAGACAGAGGAACUGAUUACUUUUUUUGAA